AUGAGCAUACAACUUCAAGACGGUCUAUCAGGGCAGCCUGUGGACAGAGUGCUUGAGGACCUCUUAGUAAGGUUUCUCGUCAAUGCUCCAGAUGAGGAUUUAUCCUCGAUCGAACGUAUCUUCUUUCAAGUCGAGGAGGCCCAGUGGUUUUACUUGGACUUUGUCAGGCAACUCAAUCCGCUUUUGCCCACAAUGAAAAUGAAGUCAUUUGCACCAGCUCUUUUAUCCAAAUGUCCGCUUCUUUGGCGAUGGGGUGAUCCAAGAGAUGCUAUCUCCAAGUUCGGAAAGUAUAAAUCGACAAUCCCUGUGAGAGGAAUUGCAUUGAUGAAUAAGGAAUUGACGAAGAUUGUCUUGGUUCAAGGUAUGGAAUCAGGCUCCUGGUCUUUCCCACGUGGAAAAAUCUCAAAAGGGGAAAGUGACUUGGAAUGUGCAAUUCGAGAGGUGAGGGAGGAGACAGGGUUCGAUGCAAAAGCCUACGUCAAUGAGAAGGACUUCGUUGAGCGAACCGUCUUUGGUAAGAACAUGAAGAUCUUUUUAGCUCGCGGUGUACCCGAGGAUACUGAAUUUGCUGCAUUGUCUAGAUUCGAGAUCUCACUGAUCAAAUGGUUCGACUUGAAGAAAUUGCAAAAAUCCUUGAAGAACAAUCCUCAAAAAUUCUUCGCUGUCGACCCUAUUAUUAAGGCUUUGACAACCUGGGUUAACAAGAACAAGGGAUUGGUUAACGAGGAACAGCUAUUGAGAGAAGCGGAGGCGAAGUUAAAGGCUAUAAUGGGUAUUGGUGUCAGUAAGGAGAAUGAUCAAGCAGGCAGAGAGUUGCUUGACAUAUUGCAGGGUGCAUCUCAGCCGGAAUCACAAGCACCACAGCUGGCACCACAGGAAAUUCGUCCUCCACAACAGCCGCAGAUUCCUAACUUCAAUCACCAAGUACCCCUAGGGUACCCCCCUAACGGAUUUGUUCCCCAGCAGCCUCUUCCACAAGCAUAUUAUCCAAUGCUUCCGCCUGCACAUCUUCUUCCUCCUAGGCAACAGCCAUUUAUGCCACCUGCUCAUCUUUUACGACCACUUCAGGAGCCUCAAAGCUUACUGCCUCAAAUCCAGCUGCCACACCCCCAAGUGCAAAGUCAAACUCAGCAACCUUCCGCUGAAAUUGCACAGAGUCGCCAGCAUCCUCAACUGCAGACACCUCAAGAUCAACUCAAAUCCAAGGGGACAAUUUCGGAACCUCCACAUGAACUUCCAAAAGAUGUCCAACACCUUCUGCAGUAUCAAACACAACCUUUGGAGCCUUCAGCACAGAGUCUUUCAUUGCCAAAAAGAAUUUCGACGUCGAAGAAUUCGAAGGAGUUUUUGUCACUUUUGCAACAGGCUCCCAAGGGAUCACUGCAUGAUCAGCUUUCAGAAGCCUCCGUGGAAGCGAAACAACGCAAUAGGUCCAGAGCGGAUGACCUUCUCAAACUCUUCCAGAAACAGGAGCCAAGUAGAGGCCCACUGGAGAGUGGAGUCAAAUCAGAGUCUGCAACUACUACGGAAAUGCCACAUUCUCAACUAGAGGAUGAAGAUGCUACCGAACUUGAUGCUACAAAUCGUUCUACCACACCAAAGAAAAUCACUUUAUUGAAGCGGGACAAAGAUCAAAACGCAUCGGCCACUUUACUCGGACUACUUGGAAAAAAGCCACCUACCAGAGACGAAGACGCAUCUUCUAAGUCAAGAUCCCCGGCUCCUCAUCCAGCUUCGAAGCCUACUGAGCCUCAAGCUAAACCUCAGGAACCAGAAAACCCUUCUAGUACAUUAUUGGACAUCCUCAAUGGCAAAAAUACCAGUGCCUCUGCUGCUUCAAACCCUGUUUCAUCUCCCCAGCCGGUUUCUCUGUCUGCUUCAGCGGAUCUCCUAGGAAUUUUGAAGAAGGGUAAGGAUUCUAACAGUACAAACCAAGCACCUAAGCAAUCGGAUAAACCAAUUCGUCUCGCUAAAAAGAGCGCAGAGACACCCAUUGACCUUAAAGCCAUUUUGACUGGGGAAGGUUCCAGAUCUGGAAGCACUCAGCAAAGUAACACUAGCUCGCCUGUGACAACAACUUCCAAGGCGAAUAAACCUGGAAACGAUAUCUUGGACAUCCUUAACAGGAAAUCGGCCACUCCAGACACUGUGAGAAUUACACCUCAGCAGUCACAAACGCCAGAGAACUUUGAAGAUUUCGAGGAUUUCGAAGACUUUGAUAAUUUUGAAGACGAUGGUGAAUUCACCGACUCGCAGGUGAAACCAUAUGUCGAAAGCACAGAUGAUGACGAUUUUGAGGAUGCUCACGCAGUUCCUCAAGCAGCUCACAGUACGGGUGACUCGAGCUCAUCAGCCACAUAUCAGCUGAAGCCUGAUGGUCUUCAAGAUAUCUAUGGCACAAGCAAUGAAACCAUCAACUUACAAAACGCCCUUCCUCCGCAACGUCCACAAAAUGAGAAUGGCGCCAACUUACUUGCAUUGUUAGGAAAGAAGCCUCCCUCACAAGUAGCUCAUUUGGGAGUUCCUAAACCCGCAGAUAACGGACGAAACGAGUUGUUGAACAUUCUUAGACGCGGGCCAUCAAAUACCUAA